CUGGCAACACUGUUUCAACCAUAGACAAAUUAGUUAAAAUAUUAAAAAAUAUUUUACCAAGAUGGUCGUAUUGUAGAAGCUCAUAAACGUGUUAAAAAUUACAAAAAGCCGAGCAUUUAUAUAGCCUGACAAAUCGGCAAAAUGUACAACGGCAUCGGCUUGACAACACCGCGAGGCUCGGGAACCAACGGCUAUGUGCAAAGAAACUGGGCAUCAGUGCGUAAAACCAAAGAUUCCGUGAACUAUCGUACUGAGGAGGAAAUAGCCAAGUUAGAUUCGGCUUCCAAUAAGCAGCCAAAUCAGGAGAUCCUCGACCAUGAGAGGAAGAGGAAGAUUGAAGUGAAGUGUGCGGAGUAUGAAGACAGCUUGGAGGAGCAGGGGUUGCCCCGGGAGGAGAUAGCGGCGCGGGUGGCCGCGUUCAGGGCGAAGAUAUCGGAGACCAGCGAGAAGGACGUGCCCCGGGACGAAUUCGGCAGGGUAGCCGUGCGCGAAACGCACGCGGUGGCGGAGGCGCAGCAGGCGAAGAACGCGCGGCUGCGCGACGCGUUCGGCAUCUCGCCGCGCUUCGUGGAGGGCUCCAGCCUGGACCCGGAGCGGCGCGCGCGCGAGCACGCGGCGAGGUACCCGCUCGUGCGCACGCCCAGCCACGAGCGCGAGGAGCGCCCGCAGCCGCCCAAGAAGAAAAAGAAAAGAAGCACAUCGCCUGAAACAAAGAAAAUAAAGAAGAAAAAGUCGAAGAAAAACAAAAAAGAAAAACAGGUCAUGUUGCCGCUAUCGAAGAGGCAAAGAAAAAUGUUAUGGGAUUUCAUACGUAGACAAGACGGCAAGAAAAAGAAGAAGCGCUCCAAAUCCCCCGACACGGACAGUUCUAGCGACAGCGACACCAGCGAGUCGCGAGACAGCACCGACGACGACAAACGCAGGAAAAAGAAGAAAAAGUCGAGCUCAAGACGUCGCGGCAGCAGCCAGCCCUCUACCAGAGAAAGCUCGCCAGUGAAAAACAAGAAGGCUUCUAAAGAAAAGAAGUGGGAAGAGACAAACGACAGAGAAAAUGACAAUCACAGAAACAGAGAUCGCGAGGAUAGAAACAGGAAAUAUGAGAAAAGAGACGAACCGCAGAAGAGUAGAAGUGAAUCUAGAAGGAGAGACGGAAGCCCGGAGCGUCAGGCCUCGCCACAAUACAGACAUAAGUCUUAUGUCACUAAAAUAGACAAUCGCAGAGAACGGUCAAGAGAGACCUCAGAGAAACGGGCACCCAAGCGCAACCGCAGAGACCGCUCAUCCUCCAACGAGUCCCAAGAACGAUUAGACAAACCAAAGAAACGUCGCGACCACAGCGGCUCAUCGACCGAGAAACGCAGACGGAAAAGCGACUCCCCUGACAGAAAAGACGACCAUUACAGAAAGGAAAAAGCACCCAACAGACGCAGAGAAAGCCCAGACGUCAAAGACAGACGGCAGCGGAGCGAGUCGCCUGAUUAUAGAAAGAGUAGAAGAGAGGAACGCGAGGAGUCACAUGGGAGAAAGGAUGAUAGAAAUGAGAAAAGAAGGAAUAAUCAUGAGCGUUUAGAAGAGCCGAGAAAGAAGAAUCACGAAGAACCGCGCAGAAAUAGAGAGAGUUACGAAGAGCCGCGGAGAAUCCGAGAGAGCUACGAAGACAAAAAUCAACGCAGAAAGAGAUCGCCCUCUCAAUGUAAACGGUCACCAUCGCCGGAGCGAGACCGCUCACCUAAAAACCGGAACAAAGAUAGGAAGGAACCCGCAAAAUCAUACAAAAACUCGAGGCCGGAGAGGCGCGCCUCGUCUUCAGAAUCCGAGGACGAACAGAAAAAGUCUAACAAAGCUAAAGAUAAAUCAAGAUAUUACAAAGACAGAAGCCCGUCACCACAAAGGGAGCGUCGGCGGAGCCCCAGCACAGACUACAGGAGGAAACGGUCGCCGUCCCCUAAGAAAGCGGACAAGUACAAGAGCGUAGUGAAACCUGGGGAAAACAAGCGCGAGCGCAGUCGGUCGAGGUCACCCUCGCCGAGUUCGCGCCGGAGGUCACCGACCCCUAACUCACGCCGGAGGUCACCGACCCCGGACCGCCGCCGACGGCAGCCAUCCCGCUCCCCCGUCAGAGAUAGACGCAGAGAGUUCAGAAAGUCCCUCGAACGAAAAUCUCCCCCCAAGACUGUAAACAGAGACAAAGAGAAGGAGAACCAUGAGCGCUCCCGAGAACGCGAGCGGCGAGAACGCAAAUCUAGAUCGCGAAAUCGCAGCCGCAGCACGUCCAGCCUCAGCUACUCGCCGGCGAGACGAAGCCCCGAACGCUACCGCGACAUUAUAGACCAGUUACCGGAGAAAGACAAACGCAAAUACAUCAGGGUCCCGGACAAGAAGAAAACCUCGAACGUGAAACCCACGGCCGUUUGCUUGAGAAGUUCUUCAAGCGAAAGCGGCGAUGGCGGCGACGGCGACACGUUGCCGCCCGACGAACGAGCGAGACAAAACGAACUAGACUUACAAGAAUUCCACGACCUGAAACUGCGAUUAGCUCAGAAAGCCAAAGCUUCCAUGGAAAGGCGACGCGACGAAGAAGCGACCACAUCCCGCUCGGAGCCACCGCUCGAAACCAAACGUACUCCCACUCCUGAACAGAAGUCUCCGGAAAAACCCAAAGAGAUUGUAAAGGAAGUAAAGGAGCCUGAACCUAAAAAGGAAAAAAGUCCUUUGAAUAUAGAGAGUUCUCCGGACGAACGUAGGAAAGAAGUUCGAAAGCGAAGUGGUUCUCGUAGGAGUUGGUCAAAAUCAUCCGGUUGGCGGUCGUCACGAUCGAGGUCGCGCGGCAAGUCGAGGUCUAAAUCUAGAUCGCGCAAGUCCCGGUCGCGCGACAAGUCGAGAUCCAAGUCCAGGUCGCGCGGGAAGUCGAGGUCGAAAUCGCGGUCGCGUGACAAGUCGCGUUCGAGGAACAAGUCGUCGCGUUCACGGUCGAGGUCGCGGUCGCGUUCGAGGUCUUCGCGGUCCAGAUCCAGGUCCUACUCAUCGUCAAGGGGUUCCCGUUCAUCUCGCUCUAGCUCGUACAGCAGCCGGAGUUCGUCUCGCUCCCGCUCCACGUCGACUCGCUCCUCAAGAACAAUGACGGGCGUGUACGCCGAUUACCGUAGAUCGGCCCCGCGAUCAGUGCGGUCACCCCGGUCACCGCGGUCACCGCGGUCACCGCGGUCACCGCGGUCACCGACGGGCCGCGUGGCGCGCGAGCGGUCGCCGUCCAUCCCGCGGCGCGCCGGGUCGCCGAGCUUCCUCGACCGGCGCCGCAUCACCAGCGCACCCGUUGUAGAUCUAACAUCAAAUAAAUUCAAGUAUAGAAGAAGAUAAGAGCUAUGAACUAUUACUGAACUGAAGCUGUCGACCGCCACCACAGUAGAUGAAGUGCUAUAUCGGACAUUUAUUUUGAGUGUGUUUUGUUUCAAUUGUUUUAUCUCAUUAAAGUUACUUAUCGUAUAA